AAUCCCAAACCUUUACUAAAGCUUAAAUUCAAGAAUCCCUCUAGUGAGAACCAAAGUUCCUGCCCUCCUGGGGAGGAUGAGAAAGGAUUUGCUAAGGAACUAAGGUCAAAAAGAAAGAGACCUGCCUUCACGGAGAAAACAUCAGCCAAGGAAGAUGAAGAUCCGUCAAAAUGGUAUGAAAACUCAAUGAAUGAUAUCAUGGAUGUUAAUUGGAUACUGCAAAAACUGGGUAAAGAUGCAAUUGGAAAGAGAGUAGAAGUUCAUCAGUCAUCUGACAACUCCUGGCGCAGGGAACAGUAACUGAUGUCUUUGAAGGCACUUCAAUCGUAUCUGUCGUUCUAGAUGAUGGAACGACCAAGAAUUUGGAAUUUGGGAAGCAGGGAAUUCGCUUUGUUUUUCAGAAGCGAAGGCAGUAAAAAUCAUAAAGCUUAAAGCUAUUCAGUAAAGACAAUCAUAUCAUUUGAGACGUUCCAUUUUUACAGCAGUGGAGCGAACCAAUAGUAUCAUGGUUGAUUUCAAUCUCUGGAUGUUCUGAGGCUGUAAGAAAUCAAAGGUUUUCUUGCUUUGCUUGCUCAGAGAUUCAGCUUGCUCUUCACCUUAGCAUUGUGGCCAAUUGGUUUUUGUUAACACAUGAGGAGCUAAUGAUAUCCAAUCAUGUUUAUGCCAAUGGCAGGUUUUCC